AUGCAUUUUAGUCUUACUCCUGGGACUACGACUUGGGCAAGAGAAUCAGCUGAUCGGCGCAACCGAACAUUUAAUAGCUCUUCUUCUGGUCAACCCAUUGGCACCAAAGCGCAUCCUCCUGAGGAGAAGUCCUCUCUGCAGAUAAAUCAAUCUAGUGAUCCUCCAAGUAAUCCGCCACCAGUUGCAGCCGAGCCAUUGAAAGACGAAGCUAUUGAAGGAGUUGAAGAUGGGCAGAAGACAAAUAAAUGUACCGAUGCGGUGCUAUCCGAAUUAGCAAUUAAAUCUGCGGAUCCCGCUGUGGGCAGCCCAUUAGCUCGAAUGACUGUGAUGCGUUUGACGUUGGAGCAGCGUAGGCGCUCAAUUGGCGUUGCUAGGCAUCGAGCUCAGUUGGCUGGGGCACAAGUGGCUGCGAAACGUCAUCAAGCUGCUUUCAUGCGUUUGAUCCAAUCAAGUCAGAUACGCCGCAAGCACUCCAGUUGCUCUACAGGCGUUGAUAAUGCCUCCGAAAUGCUAGAAAGUCAAAGUCCUACUCUGCAUUCUACUUAUUCGGGCAGCCUUUUGUCCACACAGCCGCCCAAGCCUUGCUCUGACACCAAGUCUUCCCAGCUUUUAAACUCCAAUAAUAAAGCAAAUGAAAUGGGGUCACCUGAUCCUGUCAAAGCUUAUACUUCAACCAAUUCCACUCCUUCACUUGCGCUACGCGAUGAUCCCGUAGAGCUCAUGAAGCCGACAGACGUUAAUGAACUGCUUUCGUGGCGACUUGAAACGCUCAUGAAUUCGGAACAUGCCAUACCUAAAUCUGGAAUAUUGGGAGAAAAUGGCUGGCAGGACCAGGUAGAUGUGAAUGGUGCCGGCAUACCAGUUCAGAAGAACGUGGAGGCUGAACUUGCUACCGAUGUCGAUGAAGAUUUCUCCUCAGUUUCAACUCAUGGACAAGAGCUCGCAAAAGAGUUGCCUACCUUACCGCCUAAGACUCCGAUAUUUCUGGUGACCGAUGGAAGUCCUACUCUCCGUGAAGCUCUCGCUCCUCUCCCCAAUUACGCACAGCAACAUCUGCAGAAAGCAGCCGGCGAUGACGCAUUUCAGAAUGUUAGCACAAAACCAAGCUUGAAGCCAUGCCAUCCUCCCAGAUCCGCAGUUGAUAACAAUCUAAUUCACAAAGCUGAUGCAAAGUUCGAAGAGGAGGAAAAUGAAGUUUUAGAAGUAGAAGAAUUAGAAGAGAGAGGGAGAGAUAGUUCAAUUAAGUUAUGUGGGCGACAACUGCUGGCUAACUCUGAAGUUAAAGAUCACGUAUCUAUUCACCAAGGAACUUCCCUUUCUUCCGUCUCAAACGCGAUCCCUUUGACUAGUCCCGACUACAAUUUGCCUCCUGUUGGCCAGGCUAAUUUGACGAAAUCUCAGCCUUUCAGUUUGAUAGUCGAGCCAAAUAGAACCCGCAGCAACCACACCACGGUAAAGGCCGGUCGCGAGCCUCGAGAUGGACAUCCUAAACGCCGGAGCGUCGGUCGGCCUCCUUAUGUAAGCAGCCUUGAUCUGGCUUCUAGGCGUGGGCUCAAGCCAGGUUAUGAAGCAUUAUCAGCCUCCGAUGAAUGGUGCUGUACUGAUGGUAGGAGGGCCCUUUCCUCGGGACAAAGUGACGAGAGAGAGGCAAAUGUGAAAGAGGAAGAAGAUAGAACACAGGCAUCUUCACAAAUCAAUUUUGCUGAGGAAAAAUAUUCUGUCGGCCAUGACCGAGAUGACGCCGAAAUACUUUAUCUAAAUGCUAAAGAUUCCCGUCUCUCCUGUGCUUCCCCUUCACAGAAGCAUCAAUCGGAUGCUGAGAUAUUUGCUCAAAUAAAGCAAUAUCGGUCCAAUAAGGCUAUCAUUUCUCGCAAGAAUCACUCUUAUAAGGCUUAUCAUGAAAAUUUCCAUCACCACCGUCGCCUCUACCAGUGCGAAGAACAGGAUUUCGCUCGCCAUCAAAGUCUCCAGCAAGAUAAAAAACAGUCUCAUCAGCAAUUUACACAGCAACUACGUCUUCAUCCUGGUCGCUGUGAUAGCAAACGAUCACAUGAGGAAGCUUAUGAA